AAUAUUGUUCGUUUGGUUUUUGGGAUAAACAAUAUACCUUGCCAACAUUAAUAGUUUCUGGCAACACUUUAAAAACUUUGACAGUCGCAAUUCACAAUAGCUGCAAACUCACCUUUGCAUAAAUUCGCCUCGAAACGCAAUCGAACGGAGAUCUGUCGUCUAAAACCAAUUUCCUUGUGGAAGAAAAGAAGAAAAUUAAUUUCGUACGAAAAUGAUUUCGAGGGCCGCAAUUCGUUCUGUUCAACGUCCUUUGGGCGCUUUGGCUGUCAGAACCUCAUCUUCUGCUGCUGCUGCCGGUGGUGACCGUCCCGUUCGCCCCGAACAUCCCGGCAAGGUACGUUUGGGUUUCAUUCCAGAAGAAUGGUUCCAAUUCUUCUACAACAAGACUGGUGUCACUGGUCCCUACACCUUCGGUGUUGGUUUGCUCACCUACUUGUGUUCCAAGGAAAUCUACGUCAUGGAACAUGAAUACUACAGUGGUAUUUCCUUGGCCAUUAUGGCUAUCGUUGCUGUUAAGAAACUCGGUCCCGUUGCUGCUAACUGGGCUGAUAAGGAAAUCGACAGAAUCGAAGGCGAAUGGAAACAAGGUCGUGAGGAUGAAUUGAAGGCCCUUCAAGAAUCCAUUGAGGCCGAAAAGAAGGAACAAUGGCGUGCUGAAGGUGCUUUAAUGCUCAUGGAUGCCAAGAAGGAAAAUGUUGCCCUCCAAUUGGAGGCUGCUUUCCGUGAACGCGCCAUGAACGUUUACACUGAAGUCAAACGUCGUUUGGACUACCAAGUUGAGUGCCGUCACAUUGAACGUCGCCUUAGCCAAAAACACAUGGUUGACUGGAUUGUCAAGAAUGUUUUGGGCUCCAUUACACCCCAACAAGAGAAGGAAACUCUCAACAAAUGUAUUGCCGAUUUGUCUGCUUUGGCUGCCCGCGCCAAGUAAAUAAUUUAUUGCAUUACAUUUAGUUAUUAUGAAACAUUGUUUAAAUAAAUAAUAAAACAAAACACUACCACACACUAUAUAAUAUUUGAAAAGAUAAAAUGUGAAAUUUACAAAAAAUAAUAGUAAUAAAUCUCGUCAAACGAAAUUUAAAAAACAAAA